AUGGAUUUUUCAAAUGUCGAGCUAUUGGACGCAAAAAGAAGUAUUUUCUGUUUGCUUAUAGAAAAUUAUUUUACUUCUAUUUAUAAUUUGUUGGUAAUGAAUUUUUAUCAUAUUCCUCAGCCAGAGGUUUGCUGCAGCGGACGUACCUGUCUUUCGCCAACAUCGAGAAUUGACAAAAUGGCGAAGAAGCAAUCCGUAAGAAGUAGAAACUUUAGAAGAUCCGACCCUGCGGAAGACGACAGGAUUGGAAAAGUAUCUAAUGCGGAAGAAAAGCCUCAAAGUGUGAAAGAAAAAGUUGCCAAAGAAAUUGCAACCAUUGCCCUACGUUCUGGAAAUUCGGGAGAAAAUGGAAUUAAUAAGAAGAAAAGGCAAACAAAGGAUGUAAAUAGAAAUAGAAAAGAAAAGCUGGAAGCAGCUAUGAAAGCACAAGCUCGAGAAGAGCGUCUGGAAACCAAAGUUUCAAAAGCACAAAAGAAGCACGAGAAACUCAAGGAAAGAAGGAAGGGAGACGACGAGGAGUAA